AUGGCCUUCCUGCACGCGCACUCGGGUGAGUGUAUGAAGUCGGAACUGGAUUUGUUUUCUCUACCACCAACGCAGACGUCUAUUGAGGCUGGUCAAUGGGUACACUACAAGCCCGUAUCAUCUCUAACCGACGAUUCCCCGAUUGAAUUUGUUGUACCUGGAAACGGUGAUGAGUACAUCGAUUUGGCACACACUAUGCUUAGCGUACGAGUGAAGCUACAAUCGUCUGCUCCUACCCCACCGGCAGGCGAAGGCAACGCGGCUACUCCGCAUGCCACUCCGGUAAACAAUCUGCUUCACUCGAUGUUCAAUCAAGUCGAUAUAUUCUUCAAUCAAAAACUAGUCUCACCAGCCAACAACUCUUACGCCUAUCGAGCAUAUAUAGAGACUCUACUGAAUUACGCACCCCCUGCCAAGAAAUCCCAUCUUUCUUCGGCUCUAUGGUACGACAGCGAGGAUGGAGUAUCGGAUGUAUACGACGCCGACGCCGUCGGUGCUGACCGAGGUUUCACCGAACGCAAAAGGAUCAUGAGCAAUGCACGUACCGUUGAUCUGAUUGGACAUCUGCACUGUGACGUAUUUAAUCAAGACAAAUUUUUAAUCAACGGUGUGGAACUGCGUCUUCGACUUGUGAGAUCAAGAGACAGUUUUUGCAUCAUGGAAGCCGAAAAUCGCCACAAGCUGCACAUACUGGAAACUUCACUGCUCGUUCGCCGAAUGAAGAUCAGCCCUGGAAUCUUGCUGGCGCACGCACGGACGCUAGCCAAAGGUACGGCAAAAUAUCCCGUAACCAGAGUCGAGGUGAAGUCUUUCACCAUACACGCAGGAGUACAGGCAGAAACACUGGACAAUGUCAUACUCGGACAACUACCGAAACGAGUGAUAAUCGGUUUUGUCAGCAAUAAAGCCUUCAACGGCGACAGACAGCGCAAUCCGUUUAAUUUUCAAAACUACUCUUUGAAUUUCCUGUCGUUGUACGUCGACGGGGUGCAAUCGAAGCCGCUACAGAUGAGUUUUGGCAAAGACGAUCUCUACGUGGACGCUUAUCAUACCCUCUUCUCCGGUACGGGGAUUCAUUUUCUGAACGAAGGAAACGGUAUCGGCCGGCAGCAGUUCGCUAAAGGAAAUUGUCUAUUGGCUUUUGACCUAACCCCCGAUCUCUCGGCCAACUGUACAUCGCACUGGUCGCUCAUCAAACAUGGAACUCUCAGGGUCGAAGUGCGGUUCGACGAUGCUUUCAAAGAAACUGUGAAUUGCCUAGUGUACGCUGAAUUUGAUAAUCUUAUUGAAGUUGAUGCUGCACGUCAGGUCAUUACAGAUUUUUCGGGCUACGAAAGAGAGGGAGAUCACGCCCCUCCUAUCACGACCGCUUCUAUAACAUACCAGGUGGUGAUUUCCGUUAGAGAGAACACUGUGACUACACCACGCCAACGUCUUCAAGGGGAGCAACAGACCGGCUGGAGACACCCGAUAAACAAAAAUUGA